GCUGCAAAGUUCUCAAAAUUGCAUGAGGAAGCAGUCAAGCAGAUGCCAUUUUCUAUCAAGAACAUGCAGUGACCAAAACCCCAAAACAAAUUUUAUAGCAUAUCUGUUUUUUUUGGUCAAUGGUUCUAUUGGUAGAAAGGAUAUCUCCAAAAUCUGUUUCAAACUGGAGAAUCAUCAUCAUCAUCAUCAUCGUUCUCAUGGCCACCACCACGACAACAAGCCACCGGAAGUUUUAUCGGCUUCUUUACAGGCUUUUCGAUCCGAUGUUUUGAGUUGUUUGAAUCAGCUGUUGUUGAAUUCCAAGCCUGGAUCGGAAAUCCUGUCUCUUGAAUGGAUUCAACAUUGUUUUGAGCUUUUUCCAUGCAUCAACAGGGCAUUCGCAAAGCUGGUUGUUGAUAUAGACUACCCCAUGAACAAAUGGGAAGCUGCUCUCGUGGAUGAGUAUCUCAACUACAGUUUGAAUCUGCUGGAAUUUCUAAAUUGUAUCAGUUCUUCUCUUUCUCAUCUUGGACAGGCCCGGCUAUCCCUGAGUUAUGCUUUGAGUCUCCUAGAAAAUUCGCCUUCCAUGGCGGUCAAGCAUCUCAAAGUAAUCCAGAUGAAGAGUUUAAACAAGGACUUGCUUAAGGAGAGGACUAACAGGGGAGAUGGGGAGGAACAGUUUUGCUCGGAGGAGGAAAAGGUCAUCCAUCAAGCUUUGGAGGAAAUACAGUGUAUUGGAUUUUGGGUGUCAGGGGUUGUUUUGGCUAGCUUGUCUGGAGAUGCAAAACCGUACUUGGAGAUCAAAAAAUAUGCUGCAAAAGCAGGUAUUCCUUCCUUGAUUGAUCUGGAUUUGUGUUUCUCUCGAGUCAUGGUGGAGCAAAAUGAUGAAUUGAAGGAGGUUAGGGAGCUGAACAUGGCAGCAGCUUCCCUGGAAUCGGCCAUAGUUGAAAGGAAAAGCAACGAUGCAGCUGAGGAGUUGGAGAAGAAAGUGAAUGUUUUCGAGAAGCUGAUCGAUAAUUUAGGGAGGGAAGUUGAUGAUCUCUUCUCUAAGAUAUUAGCGAGCAGAAAUGGACUCCUUGAUGGUAUUGGAGCACAGAAUCAAUAGGAACGUCUCAUGUCGAUAAGAAAAAUGUGU